AUGAAAACUCGAAGUACUCCAGUGGAUCCCCCCAACAUAGCAGCCGGUGUGAAGGCUCGGCGGACGGCCCGAAUCGGCUCUCCGUUGUACCGUUCGCAGUCCGACUCCCAGCCGGAAGAGGGCAGUAACUCCCUUCCAGCUACGUCUGUAAACACCAUCGAUAAAAUCGAUGAACAUAUUUCAAAGUCCCGUCAAGUUCCUAGCACAAAUCCGCAGCCAAAUUCACCCAACGUAGUUGCCCCUGUUGCCGCGGCUGCUGGCCUGUUGCCUAGCAAUUCCACGAAUCAAAGUGGGGCGCAGUCUGCUGGAGUUGAGGGGCGAACUAAGGAUCAGGUGCGACUCUUUUACCAACAAACGUGGCACAAACUCCGGCGAUACAUCAAAUACCCCGAUGGUGUCCCGCAACACGUACGAGAGGUGUAUGCCAUAAUCAACUGGUCGAUUAUGCGGUGUCGUAUUAAAAAAGCUCCAACUCAAGAAUUCACCCUCCCUGAUGAUGUGUGGGUGGAGCUGGUUCCGGCCACUCAGAUGGUCGCUUGGAGGGUUCUCGAGGCCGAGCAGAACCCUCGUCUGAGGCUGCGAGUUGACAUUAAUCGCCAGCUGUCCGAUGUCAUUAGUUUAGUCGAAGCCAAAUGGGUCUUUCCAACUGACAGAAUCCGAUCUCUCUUGUGUCCUGUCGAUCCGACUGCUGCUGCUGCUGCUGCCGACAACACCCAGACAUCGGAGAAGCUGUUGCUCCGAUUCGUCAGAGAGCAGCGACUAGACGGAGCAAUAAGUCUGCAGGAGGUCUCACGCACCCGCUCAACCGAUAUUGCAUUGAACGCCUACCUCGCACGACGACAAUCAAGUCAGAGUCCUUCGAAGACUGUGUCACCCGCGGACGCCAAUGUCGGAAAUACAACACCAGAUGUCGUUGCCGGUGAGGGGACGGCUGCUCCGGCCAGCAGGACGUCGACGCACGAGGACCAGCGACCGGCAGUGCCUCCUCGGACAGGCGGCGCCGCCACCGCCGCCGCCGCCUCCACGGUCACUUCUGGCGUCGUACAUCUUGAUCUGCACACCGUCGGGAAGCAAUUGGCAACUGGCGUCACAUUUGAGGAGGCUCGAGCUAUCAAAUUGAUCGUGAUCUUCCUCGCCCUCGGGUGUCCAGCCAGAAUUCGCUUUGAGUACGACUUUGUGCAGUCGGGACACGGCAAGGCGUCCUCCUACAUAGCCCUAUCUAAGGAGGCCAUGGCCAACGGCGAGGGCAUUAGCAAUGGCCUUCGACGCCUCCUCCAUCUCAGUGCGAGCGAGUACCUUAACCUCAAGAACUGGAAUUCACCUUUUGUGAUUUCCAGGGAUAAGUGCCUAGCCUAUGUUACUCUGUGGUAG